GGAGAUUAGUUAAUUUGGCCUCAUAAACGGACAACGAACAGCUAACUAUAGACGGACAAGAAAAAAGUCUCAACCUUGAAACAUUCAGAUUCUUUGGUGGUUCAGCAAAUAGGGGGAGAGAAUUGAAUUCUCUCUCUCUUCUCUCGCUUUGAAUCUGCGAAGAAAAACAUCACCAGAAGAAAAGAAAAGAAAAGAAUGGCAAGUGUACAGUUAGGUCUUUCUGCAACCACAACCAACAACAAUCACCUCUUGAAAUUCUCACUCUCAUCAUCCAAAUCUUUCCGUAAUACCGUUGAAUUCUCUCGAUCUACUUCUGCUCUCUGCAGUUUCAACAAAUCAGGAAUUUGCAGGGCUAGUCAAACAGUUGAAUUGUUUCCAUCAGUAAUCCCUGACAUUGUCGUCAGGGAGGCAAGAAUAGAAGACUGCUGGGAAGUAGCUGAGACACACUGUAGUUCAUUUUUUCCUGAUUAUACAUUUCCUUUAAAUUUGGCGUUAAGGUUUGAUCGAGUAGUAGGAUUGUUAUCAGGAUUCUCAGUUCCAAAUGGCUGUAAGCGGACACGUUUGGUUGGUGUUGUUGGUGGCCCUGCUGAUGAUAGAUUUUUAUUCGGAAGCGAAGAUUUUAGAGUUGGAAGCUUCGAAGGAAAAUUCAGCUUCAAUAGGGGUUAUGUUGCAGGGAUUUUGACUGUCGACACUGUGGCUGAUUUUCUUCCCAGAAAAGGGCCGCUUCGGCAAAGAAGGACUGGAAUUGCUUAUAUAUCGAAUGUUGCUGUUCGAGAAAGUGAUAGGCGCAAAGGGAUCGCUAAGAGGCUGGUCAUGAAGGCAGAGGCUCAAGCCAGGAGCUGGGGCUGCCGUGCUAUUGCAUUACAUGUGGAUAAAAAGAAUCCGGCAGCCACAAGGUUGUACCAAAACCAGGGUUUCAGAUGCAUUAAUUUACCCGAAAAAGCCAACUGGCCCCAACCAAGAACGUCUCCAGAUAUCCAUUUCAACUUCAUGAUGAAGCUCCUAACUAGUAGCUGAAGCACAAGAAAGAAAGAUUAUUCCAGGGCACAUGAUGUAAAAUUGUACUAUUAGAUGAUGCUUGUAUAUAUAUAGGGAAAAGGUUUAGAGCUGGCAAACGGGCGAGUCGGGGCUUACCCGUUACGGGUUACACGGGUUCGGGUUAAUACGGGUUAAAACCCGCGGGUCAGUUUUCUUAACGGGUGGUCAAUUCUUCAACCUGCGCCCGUAACGGGUUAAGCUUGCGGGUUCGCGGGUUACUUAGCCUGUUUCUGGUUACUCAACUGAGUGACUGAGUCAACUCACCAGAAACCAAUUUGACAGAGUUUCCUCCGAUAUCUGGUCUAUUUCCGGUCAUAUUCAGGCCAUCUAAAGCUCCUUCUCUGCAACCUAACAAUAAUCUCUAAUUCAUUUGAUAUUUAGAUUCAAUUCAAUCAA